ACAGGACAACACACGUUCCGUCUUCAGGUCCUCCUGGACGCGCGCACCCUCGAGAUCCGCCGCGAAUCUGGGAUCCGAAGUCUCUGCAGGCCAGGGACGUCGACUUAGCCAGGCUACUCGUGACACGCCGCCACCGACGGGCAGCGUUCAUGGGUAGCCGUACUCGCUACAGGUCCCCUGUUGUCUACGUACACUGCGCACCCUUUCCCCUACAAGCGAAUUCGCAUCUAUGCUAUCAUUGCAUGCAGAUCAAAUAAUGUCCACGACGAGACAAUCAGCUUUCUACCUUCCUUCGCUACGUCCAGGACAAGGUCGUGAUGAUCCACCCCGCAUUCGCCGACAUCAACCGUGGCUCCGGCGAGAGAAGGCGUCUCCCACCCCGUUCCCGUAUCGCAUUCAGGUCUGGGAGGCAGUACUUGCACAUCGCGGAGGACAUGUGGUUCCUGUGCGGUACAGGGGCGACCAUGGGCGCAGCGUGCAUCGUGGACAGAGCGCACUCGGUGCCUUGGAUGCCGUGAGGCGGAUGCGCUCGCUCUUGGUUUCUCAUUGUGCAUUGCCAUUGCACCAUGUCGUGGGGGGCGGUUGCAUGCUUUCCUGGUUGGGUGUCUGCGAUGGGGUGCGAUAUAGGUCGUAACGAUGGUCGAGACCCGUAUCCCGUGUACUUUGGCAGAAAAUG